AUGUCGGCUAAAGAUGUUGGGCACGAUCGCGAUUUAGUUGGCGGUGCUUUUCAAAACGGCGAGGAGGUAAAACGCCAGAUUUUCAUUGGUGACGUGUCGUUGAAGGGCGUAGAGCUGGGCGUAAAAGAAGGGCAUGUACAAGCCCAUGAAGCCGGCGAAGAAGCCGGCGACCUGAAUGGAGUAGGCGGGUAUCAAGAAGGCGGGGAGAUCGAAGAGCGAGCGGGAUUUCGGGGGCAGGACGCGGACGCGCAUGACGAGGUUGGGGAUGAGCAUGGUGGCGAGGAUGACGAAACCGAGGAUGCGCGUUGUCCAUGCGAAGCCGAGCCUAGGGAGGAGUUUGUGGAACAUGAUGGGGUAAAUGACGCCGCCAAAGGAGGAGCCAGAUGCGGAGAUGCCAAUGGCCAUGCCGAUGCGUGUGGAGAAGUAGGUGGAGAGGAUGGCGAUGCUGGGGACGAACAGCGCGCCGGUUCCGAUGCCGAUGCAGAAGGCUUGGGCGAGGAGGACUUGCCAGUACGCAUGGGCGAGGGAGAGCAUCAUUUGGCCGAGGACGAGCAUGAAGCUGCCAAAGAGGAGGAGGGCGCGGAAGUAGCCGGCGUCAUAGAUGGGGCCUGUGAGGGCGGCGACGAACAGGAGGAGGAAGGCUUGGAUGCUGCCGAUCCAGGAGAUGGAGGAGGGGCUCCACGAGGAGAGCAGCUCGGUUUCAUAGUAGGCUUGGUAGGAGCCAAAGGUAUUUACAAUGCCCCUGGGAGAUUUCUUGUUAGUGGUGAGACGGGAGAUUUGGCUUUGGGGGGAUAUCAAGUGUACCAAGAAUUGAAGAGUAAGAAGAAGCCGCCCAAGACUUGCAGCCAAGCCCAUAGACCUCCAUCGGGUAUCUUCGAAGCAUCUCUUACGCUGGGAUGUCUUGAUUGA